CUGUUCCUCUCCUGCAGAAGGGCUUCCCCUAAACUUUCAUAUUCCACCUUCAAAUAAGCCACGAUGAGCAGACAGGCACCAACUGUGAGAUCCGUCCUGGGACGAAGAGGCUUCAGCUCAGCUUCGGAGAUUUGUGGUCGAAGCUAUGCCGCCUCUGCCUGCCAGCCUGUCCGAUGUGGAGCUGGUGCCUACAGCAGCAGGAGCGUCUGCAACCUGGGUGGCAACAGGAGAAUUUCCUACGUGAAUGGGGUCUGCGGUACUGGAUGUUUUGGAGAGUUUGGCUUCGGCGGCGUAGGCUACGGUAACGUUGGAGGAAGGGUUGGCCUUUGUGGCCCCAGGGGAUACAGUAUUGUGAGAGGUUACCCCGAUCGCAAGGCUGAUGGCAUCCAAGGCAUCUGCAUUGAUGAACGGCUUCUGAAACCCCUCUGUGUUGGGGUCGACCCGCUGGAACAUGAAAUACGCUGUCAGGAGAAGGAACAGAUCAAGACCCUCAACACCCAAUUUGCCUGCUUCAUCGACAAGGUCCGAUUCCUGGAGCAGCAGAACAAAGUGCUGGAGACCAAGUGGGGCCUCCUGCAGCAAUACGUCCUACCAAAGAAAGGGAAAAACCUUGAACUGUACUUUGAGAAUUACAUCUGCGACCUGCGGAAGCGCCUGGAUUGCUUGCUGUGUGAAAAGCAAAAACUGGGCAGCGAAGAGUGUGCCACAAGCCAGCUGGUGGAGGAGUUCAAGUGCAAAUACGAAGAGGAAAUCAACAGGCGUACAACUGUGGAGAAUGAGUUUGUGGCCCUCAAAAAGGAUGCAGACUGUAUCUUUUUAAACAAGGAAGAGCUGGAGGUGAAGGUGGAUCUGUUAAGAAGGCAGUUGGAGUUAUUGAAAUGUGUGUUUGAGGAGGAACGAGCUCAGGUAGAUCGCCAGCUAUGCGACACUUCGGUCAUCGUGAAAAUGGACAACAACCGAGACCUGGAUAUGGAAAGCAUCAUCAAGAAUGUUGAAUGCUGGUACCAAGAAAUAGCUCAGAAAAGCAAAGAAGAAGUUGAUGCCUUCUACCAAACCAGGUUUCAGGAGCUUCAGGAUAAGAGAGGCAAGUAUUGUGACGAUCUGCAAAGCAACAAGUGUGAGAUUUCAGAGCUAACCCGGAUGAUACAGAAGCUGCAGUGUGAACUGGAGAACGUGAAGAAGCAGGUCUCCUGCCUGCAAACCUCCAUUUGUGAUGUUGAGCAGCGUGGGGAUUGUGCCCUGAAAGAUGCCCGGGAGAAGCAUGUUGAGCUGCAGAAUGCCCUCCAGAAGGCCAAGGAUGAGCUGGCUUGCAUGUUGCGGGAUUACCAGGAGCUGCUGAAUGUCAAACUGGCCCUGGAUAUUGAGAUUGCAACAUACAAGACUCUCCUGGAGGGUGAGGAGAGCAGGAUCUGUGAGGGGAUGUGUUGGGACGUGGGGGAGGAGUUGGAAGGAGCAGGGGUUCAGAUAUCUGUGGUCAGCAGUGGCUACAACAUCCCCGAUGACUGCGGGAUGCUGGCUGCAAACGGGGCUGCAUGUGGCUAUGGCUCCCUGGGGAGACGGUCCGGACGACACAGCUCCCAGAAUGGAGGAUUCAGCUCCCGGAGCGCUGGGAUCCACCCCAAGAGAGUCAUUAGUUCGGUGGCCAAGCAGUGUGUCCCAGAGGUGUAUUGCCAAGCCGGAGGGGUCAACUGCAAAAACGGGGGAUUCAGUUCCCGUAGUGGGGGGUACCCAGCCCGCACUGUCAUCAGCACGGGAAACGGGGGCUUGAAUGCUAGGAUGGGGGCUUGCCAAGCUGGUGGGGUGGUCAGCUUUGGAAACCAAGGCUGCGUCAUCAGGCAGCUGGGGGGCUCCCCCGUCGUUGUUGCAAACAGCCCUGAAGUUGUGGGGUGCAACAACGGCAUGGUGGGGAACUAUGGGGUUGUCAGAGACCCAUGCGUUGUUCCAUAG